GAAUACGAGAUGAUAGUUACAAUUUACUUUUUAAAUGGGCAUAAUUAUGAAAUGACUCACAUAUAUGUAGGUGAGGCAAAGACGGAAAUUUGUCGUCAUAAACUAUACAAAAAAGAAAAGAAUGUUUGAAUGUUUGCUUUCAUCUUUGUCCUUUAUAAAGUUAGGUUUUGUCACUUCAGGAUGAACAGAUAGUGGAAUUUCUUCCUCAUAUACAACAUUUUGUUUUUAUUUUAUUUUCUUCUUCUUUUAUAAUUUACUCUUUUUUUACUGUGAUUCUGUUCCGACUGUACGGGUUGCCAGUUCAACAACAAGUCUGAGUGCACGCUGGAAAAGCAAGUGGACAGUUUUUAGCGCAUGUUGACAGUGUAAACCUGUCGUCCAACAUUUCUUUUCUUCUUAUUAAGGUGUAUGUUCAUUUAGUCAACAUGGUCUCGUGUUAACCAGAGACAGGUGACAUCCAGGCAAGCUAGACUUGCUUGAUUCUGGACGUCUGUCAUUGAUGGAGUGCUCUUUGCAUGUGUUACAAGGACAAGUUUACAUACUGGACAGUUUUCGAGCAGUAGCUCAAAACCCUUUUUAAAAAAAGCUCUUUGAAAAAAGGGCGUGAUAACUACCUUGUGGAUUAUCUGUUGUGUUAAAUUUACGUCCAAUGAAUCGUCCAAUACCAGAGAUUGUUAUUACUUGCGAAGAGAGCAUCAUUGUACAGGAAGUGGAUGAAGGUCAGCCAUGUUUGUCGUGUGGAGCUGACAAGUGUCCAGGCUUUACUUUCCAUGCUUGGAGAAAUACCUGCGCGAACUGCAAGUGUCCAAGAGAAGUGCAUGACAUCUACAAUGAGAACUUUGUCAACGUCCGGGACAGGCUGGGCUGGAAGAGACAGGACGAUCCCAACCUGCAGGUGUCGAAGGAAAAGACGCUCAGAGAAGGAUACACCUGGGUCCCACCGGGUCUGUCACAUGAAAAGAUCGAAGAGUACAUGGAUCAGCUACCCAACCACAAAGUGCCUCGUAUUGGAUCUCCCGGGGAUAAGUACCGGGAUAUGCAACUUAUUUACCAGCUUCCCAAACAGGAUCUCGCGGAGAACUAUAACAAAAACCUCCUAGACGAAACGGAAAUAAGUGAAUUCAAUAUUUUCAAAGAUCUUCGGGAUCAGAUUUCUAUGGAUAUUGGAUACAUUAAAGAAUCUGAAAUCUUAACGAGUUGCUACAACUGUAAAGGAGAGAUAGAUGAUGGGGAACUGGUGGUGUUUGCCCCGAAGGCUGGCAAGGAUAUCUGCUGGCACCCUGCAUGUUUUGUGUGUGACGUCUGUGAUGAACUGUUGGUAGACCUCGUCUACUGCGUCCACUCCAAACGGCUGUACUGUGAGAGGCACUAUGCUGAAGUCAUCAGACCACGGUGUCCAUCAUGUGAUGAGUUGAUCUUCUCUGGGGAGUACACGAAAGCCAUGGAUCAGAACUACCACAAGGACCACCUUGCCUGCCACAACUGUGAUAAGAAGCUGGUCGCCUGCCGCUACAUCCUGAAGGAGGAGCACCCCUACUGCAUCCCCUGCUACCAGCAGCUGUUCGCCCACAACUGUGAGGAGUGCGGAAAACCCAUCGGACCCGACUACAAGGACUUGUCGUACAAGGACCGACACUGGCAUGAGUUCUGUUUCAAGUGCGUCAGCUGUGAGAAGUCUCUGGUGGACCAGCCUUUCGCUCCAAAGAACAACAGCAUCUACUGCGCAGACUGCCACGAUGAACAAUUCGCCGCCAGGUGUGACGGGUGCCAGUUACCAUUUAAAGGAGGUAUGAAGAAGUUUGAGUACAAGGGCAAACAAUGGCAUGAGCAAUGUUUCACGUGUGGCGAAUGCAACCAGCCCAUAGGCAACAUGAGCUUCAUCCCGAGGGAAGACCGCGUCAUCUGUGUGCCAUGCUACGAAGCCAACUAUGCCCAGCGCUGCCAGAAAUGCAAUGAGGUGAUCAACAAGGGAGGCAUUGCCUACAAGAGUCUGCCAUGGCACAAGGAAUGCUUCACCUGUACAAACUGCGACAAGAUGCUGGCUGGAGAGAAGUUCACGUCGCGUGACGAGAAACCGUACUGCGGAGACUGCUACGGAGAACUGUUUGCGAAGAAAUGCUGUCGCUGUACGAAACCAAUCACAGGUAUUGGUGGAACGAAGUUUAUCUCGUUUGAAGACCGUCACUGGCACAGUGAAUGUUUCGUCUGUUACAAGUGCAAUGCGUCGAUGGUUGGACGGGGCUUCCUCAUGAAUUCCGAUGACAUCGUCUGUCCAGAGUGCGGCCGCAGCUAGACUCGGACAGCCACUGAAACACAGCAUAAUUAGACUUUAGAUAGAUAGUUAUUUUAUUAUUGGAGGAGCUUUCGUGUGCAUGGCAAAUGGGGGUGCCGUUAGAAAACUAUUGGCCAUUAGUGUUUUGGUCGGUGUGCAAGAUUUUAUAUUCAACUAUUUUUCAAGAAUCGGAAACACUUAGGAGUUGUUUCAAAGUCUUGAAAAAAAAUUACUUGAGAAAUUUGUUUUGUUGAAUGUUAAAUUGUACAAGCAUUAUAGUACAACAAUUAGUGAUGUUUUUGUUAAUUUUAUUUUCUAGGAUUUUGCUAAUAAAAAUAAUAAAUCUUUAUUAUUUCUUUACUUUAGCAAUAUGAAAUUAAAUAUAUAUGCAAAUUGGGCAUUUUUACUUUUUAAAUACAUAUAUGUUUUUAAAUAUAUAAAGAGGUUUGUUAGCGAGUGUCUUGUAAUAUACAUAUGAAUAUAUAAUUAUGUGUUAUUAACUGUCCUUUAUUGACAGGUUUCUUACUGACUUUCAACAUUGUAAGUGACAGAUAAAGUAAAAUUUCUGAAAUUUAAACAUGCACAUGUUUAAAAAAUGGCAUCUGUGAUAGAAUAAAUAUUUGUUGAGAAAUAGGUGUCAUGACAGUAUAUAUUGAUUUUGAACAAUGUUUUCAAACCACCUAAUUAUCGCACUAUCAUAUUGCACAUGUGAAACAUACUGAAUGAUAUCUAAAGUUUUAACUGUGGGUUUUAUACCCAAUUUUGAAGCACUAGUAAAUAACGUAACCUAUUUACACAGGUGUCACAUAGCAGCAUGGCGGUGUGGAUAGAUAAUCAGAGUAAAUAUUCAAUGAUCUACAGAGUAUGGAGUUUUAACUUGCCAGGCUUUGAAAUUCAUGGUGCUCAAAACACAUUUCUGUGUAAGAACACAUAUAUAUUUGUCAUGAUGAUGGGAGACAGAGAUUUCAUUAAUUAAAGUUAUAAACUGCUGUUUUAAAAGCAGUUAACUUUUAGAGGGUGUAGUUGACAGCACUGAUAUAAUGUUUACUGAAAAUAGUUUUUUCUUUUGUCCAACUCAGCAUCGUUGAAACCUACAAUACAGCUUUCAUAGUUUGUACAAAGUAGCUUAGCACUGUGUAUAUGUGUAUAUAUCUUUGUUAUUUAAUGCCUUCCCACCCAACAUAUUCAUUAGUUAUCAAAUAUGACUUACAAUGGUGCUACGUUGUUAUUUUUUUAUUUUUAAUAUAAUUCUAACUCGCUUAUAAAUAUAUAAGAAUUCAAAAUAUCAAUAUCAAUAUUAAUGUUGGUAUGUUUUUGUUUUGACUGUGAGCCAUAUUUACAAUGUUAUUUAACUACUACGAAAUGUUUAUUUUCUGAAAAGGAUCCUAAGGCUGAAUCAAGACGACGAUUUACAAAUUUGGCUUGUAAUUAUCAUUCAAAUUCAGUUAACUUUUACAGAAAAGUUUUUGUCAACACAACACUGAGCCUUUGCUUUGUCAUAAAAUUGUUUUAAAAUGUAGAAAAUAGAUACCCUUGUGAUACAAAUAAAGAAAAAACAAAUACACUUGUAGGUAAAAAAAUUAAAUCUUAACAUGGAUGAUUUUUAUAUCUAGCUUCAGAACUUGGUGCAUGUUGUGAUACGAGUUCAGAAAAACAAUGUUUGACAUAAACAUACAUGGAAGGACACUUUUUAAUUCAAAUAUCGCUUCCUUUCAAUUUGUUUUGUUUUUACUAUUGUCCAUUGUAUAGAGCUGCUGCUAAAAAAGCUUUUGAUUUUAAUAUUUACCAAUGAUGCUAUCAAAUGUCCUACAUACAUUAAUUAUAUAAAGAACAAUGUCUUGUCUUGUAUGAAAAGGACUUAAAUAUUCUUAAUUUUCUACAUCUUUAUACAAGUUACAUUUAUUGUACACAUUUUAUAUACAACUCUGCUUCAGAUUUAUUUUCUAGAUGACUGAAUAUAAUCAAAUUUAUUGAAGUAAUAUAUUUAUAUGUAAUAUCCACAUAUGACUCUAGUUUGCAACUUCUAAUAAUACUGACUACGCAUUGUAAACUUUGGUAUCAGUAUUCUGUAUCUUUCAGCACUUACUAGAAAUUAGGUAUAAAUAAUGUCGCUUCAGUAAUAUUUAUAUUUAAAUCAUUUAUUCAUGUAGAUGGAAGGAAAAUAAUACAUUAAGCAAAAGAUGACCUCUUUUUUUUUGCACACGGCCCCAUUAGAAACCAAUCAAAUUAUUUGAGAAUGUUGAUGUCACUUCCUGUUACUGAAGUAUAGGCCUGGUUUUUAAUGUCUAUGCUGAGAUAUAUAUAAAGAUGCUUUGUGCAAUGGGAAUUGGUAUAUUGAAUAGAUUAUUAAACUUCAUAUAAACACCCUCCAUGGGACUAGGAAACAGAAUAUUUGCUAUGUAAUUAAAUUUUUUAGAAAUGUAUGACACAAGACUUUGUCUUCCAAGGUUCAGAACGAUGGGAGGUUUGUUAUUUUUACGGAUUGUUUUAUUAUUUUGCUUUAGCUAUUGUGUUACAUGUGAACACAAACAAAGGCAUAGAGUAAUAUGCAAUCAUGUAUGCUGGUUCAGAACACCAGAUUAAAGUAUGUGAUAUGGUAGAUCGUUUAGCUUGUACUAGAGUAUAAAACUUUUAUUUAGAAAUAAACUUGUUUCCAAGACA